GGUAAUCAUUUGGUACUUUGUCGGCGGUCAGUUAGGUUCGUGUCGUACUGCUGCGCUGAAAGCGUUUUCUUGUCGUUCGGGUGCGCAACCGGAUCAGACACAAAUUUCCACUUCCGUUUCCGUGAUAAACAAAGCCGGUACCAUGGUUCCGACGGAAAUCGUCCUGAGUGGCAUUCUGGUACUGGUGACCGUGGCCUGCUGGUGGACCGUGAAACAUUUUGGCAGUGCUAUCCGGCACGCGGGUAAACUUGGGGGACCGGUAGCAUAUCCGCUGGUCGGAAAUGGGCUGCUGUUCAUCUACAAAACUCCCGCUGAAUUCCUGAAACUGCUGGGCACGUUGAUUGCCGAGUACGGACAGUGCUUUCGAGUGUGGCUCGGCACGCAACUGAUAGUCCUGAGUACCGAUCCCAAGGACAUUGAGGUUCUUCUCAGCAGCCCGAAGUACAUCGAUAAAUCGACCGAGUACGACUUUAUAAGACCCUGGCUGGGCGAAGGACUGCUGAUCAGCAGCGGGCGCAAGUGGCAAACGCACCGAAAAGUAAUCACACCAUCGUUCCACUUCAAAAUCCUCGAACAGUUUGUGGAAAUCUUCGAUCAACAGGGCCAUACGCUGGUCGACAUAUUGCGGUUGUUCGCGAAAUCAGGCGAAUCGUUCGACGUGUUUCCUUUGGUGACACUUUACGCCUUGGAUGUUAUUUGCGAAUCAGCGAUGGGUACGAAAGUAAACGCGCAAAUGAACUCAGAGUCCACCUAUGUUAGAGCAGUUAAAGAGAUCACCAACCUAAUACAGUUUCGGUUCUACGAUUUCCUGCUCCGGUAUGAGUUCUUCUUCCGACUGUCCGGCAACCGGCGAAGGCAGCUCAAGGCAUUGGCCAUUCUACAUGGUUACACUGACAGUGUGAUCAAAGCUAGGCGGCAAGAAUUGAAGGAGCGUUUGACGAGCGGCACGUCCGAAGCGCAGGACGAUGAUGUUGGUGCGAAGAAACGGAUGGCUUUCCUUGACCUACUGCUACAGGCCACCGUCGACGGCAGGCCGUUGACGGAUUUGGAAAUUCGCGAAGAAGUGGACACGUUUAUGUUCGAAGGGCAUGAUACUACGACGACCGCUAUAAGCUUUUUGUUGUACAGUUUGGCCAACAACCCUACCGUCCAGCAGAAGGUAUACGACGAGGUGCUGAGUGUCGUUGGCGAGGAUCGUUCACGGCCCGUCACCAUGUCGAUGCUGAACGAUAUGCACUAUCUGGAUCUGGUGAUUAAGGAGACCCUUCGGUUGUAUCCCUCGGUGCCAAUGUUCGGGCGGAAAAUGCUGGAAAACACCGAAAUCAAUGGAAAACUAUUCCCAGCCGGUGCGAAUGUGAUAAUUCUGCCGUUCUUCCUCGGACGUAACGCAGAAUACUUUCCCGAUCCGGAGAAAUUUGAUCCAGAGCGGUUCAACGUAGAAACGUCAGCCGAGAAGACAAACCCGUACCAGUACAUUCCCUUUAGCGCUGGGCCGAGGAACUGUAUCGGGCAAAAAUUUGCCAUUGCAGAACUGAAGAGUGUUACCAGUAAGGUAUUGCGACACUAUGAAGUUUUGCCACCGGUUGAGCCACGUGAGAUAUCAUUUAUUGCCGAACUGAUUUUGCGCCCCGAAUUCGGAAUACCAAUUCGCGUAAAGGCACGCGUCUAGGCGUCCGGUUGUUAAAGGUUUCGGGUCCAUUUUUAUAAAACAUUACUCGCGGUGGUAGCAAGGCUUUUAAACCAUAGCACAAGUUCGGUCGUUCCGUUAGGCUGGUAUGUUUGAUACUGACACAUUUUAUUGUAAAGUUAAAACUUAAAAACUAAACUUUUUAUAUUGCAAAUUGAAGCAUCUAAUAGGCUUGUGAUAAUUUUUUUAAAAGUACUACACUGAAAUUCGUUUGAAGGUUGCUGCGAAUCGCCAGAACCAACAUCAGUUGUAAAUCUUAGUGGAACUAUUCAAAAAUCGCAUAGGCCUAACGUUAACCGUUAAUAAAGGACA